AUGAAUUCUGCCGUCCCCCAAGCUCCAGUUCGCAACAAGACAUUCUACAUGGAUAUCUCUAUAUUUCAAGUAGAGAAUGACUUAUUCAGGAUCCCUACGAGUUACCUCAAGAAAUACUCGGUGAUUUUUCAUCAAAUGCCGUCUCUCAACGCGCAUCCAGGAGCAGAAGCUGCGGGACAAAGCGACGGGAACCCCAUCAAGCUCGAAGGUGUUAGCAAGGUUGAAUUCGAGCGAUUUCUGACGGUCGUAGGCAAAUAUGAAGUCGAGCCGAGCAAGUCGUUUGACGCUCCCCACUGGCUUUCGGUAUUGAAGCUAGCUAACCUAUGGGGGUUUUCUGACCUUCGGAAAACUGCCAUCACGAAACUUUCGUCCGAAGAACUCCGUCGCGCAUCCACAGCUACGGUCCGGCUUCAUUACGGCCGUCUACACAAAGUUGAGCAAUGGGUCGAGCAAGCUUAUACCGAGCUCGUAGAUCGGCGAGAAAAGAUCGGCGAGGAUGAAGCUGAGUUGAUUGGCUGGAAAGUUUCACUCAAACUCUGCCACCUCCGAGAGGACUUCCAUGGGCCACCGAAAACAGUGACAGCCGUGGCAACGAACACUGCCGUUCUCGUUCCCCCUGCUUCGCAGCCGUUUGUCUUCUCGCCAAACAACAAUAUUUUUGGAUCAUCCUUGCCCAAUACUACACAAACCUCGUCGCCUAGUAGGUCUGGCUUUGGAACGUUCGGUGGAGGUGGCUUUGGGGUGCCUCCGUUGAGCCCAGGACCCUUUGCUGCCUCCGCAACGAAGAAAGAGUCACCAGCCACGUCGAGUCCAACACCUCCGACGACUAGUCUAUCAGCAGUGCGGCAAGUGUUCGCAGCUGAGCUGAAGGAGAUUAGAGAGGCGGGCGCUGCCUUGAAUGUUCCACCGCCUAGAGCAUCAUAG